UGUACUUCACCCUUUCGGUCCAGUGUCUUCUGAUUUCUUACCUCUCGAAUUGCGGCGAUGAGCGACGGAGAAGAAGCAACUCGACGCCGCACUGCGGUGGCGGAGUACCGGAAAAAGCUUCUACAGCACAAAGAACACGAAUCUAGAGUGCGUUCAGUGAGAGAGAAUUUGAGAGCUUCCAAAAAAGAAUUUAAUAAGACAGAAGAUGAUUUGAAGUCUCUUCAGAGCGUUGGCCAGAUAAUUGGAGAAGUUCUUAGGUCUCUCGACAAUGAACGAUUGAUUGUUAAAGCAAGCAGUGGCCCAAGAUAUGUCGUUGGCUGCCGUAGUAAAGUGGACAAGGAAAAACUGACUUCUGGAACGCGAGUAGUACUUGAUAUGACAACACUCACAAUCAUGCGGGCUCUUCCACGUGAAGUUGAUCCAGUUGUUUAUAACAUGCUUCAUGAAGAUCCAGGUAACAUCAGCUACUCUGCCGUGGGAGGUUUAUCGGAUCAAAUCCGAGAACUUAGAGAAUCUAUUGAACUACCUCUCAUGAAUCCUGAGCUCUUCGUUAGAGUUGGGAUCAAACCUCCGAAGGGUGUUCUUCUUUAUGGGCCUCCUGGCACUGGCAAGACAUUGUUAGCUAGAGCUAUUGCCAGUAAUAUAGAUGCCAACUUUUUAAAGGUUGUUUCAAGUGCCAUAAUUGAUAAGUACAUCGGUGAAAGUGCAAGGUUGAUAAGGGAAAUGUUUGGAUAUGCACGUGAUCACCAACCCUGCAUAAUCUUUAUGGACGAGAUUGAUGCAAUUGGUGGACGCCGUUUCAGUGAAGGAACAAGUGCUGACCGUGAAAUUCAAAGAACACUGAUGGAGUUACUUAAUCAGCUUGAUGGUUUUGAUCAGCUUGGGAAGGUAAAAAUGAUUAUGGCAACAAAUCGACCUGAUGUGCUUGACCCUGCACUUCUUCGUCCUGGGCGUCUUGACAGAAAGAUUGAGAUUCCGUUGCCAAAUGAGCAAUCAAGAAUGGAAAUUCUUAAGAUCCAUGCUGCUGGAAUUGCCAAGCAUGGUGAGAUUGACUAUGAAGCUGUUGUAAAGCUUGCUGAGGGCUUUAAUGGAGCUGAUCUUCGUAACGUGUGCACGGAGGCUGGAAUGUCGGCAAUCCGUGCAGAACGAGAUUAUGUUAUCCAUGAAGAUUUUAUGAAGGCUGUUCGAAAACUGAACGAGGCAAAGAAGCUGGAAUCAACUUCGCAUUACAACACGGAUUUUGGAAAAGACUAAAAAUAUAUGUUAUUCUCUUGUAAGAGCCAUGGAUGUUUGGGCAGUGCAGUUUCUUUACUUCCAGUCACUCUGGGUUUUUGUUGCCACAUACUUGCGCUGGCUGGACCUUUGAGAACAUUGUACACUUCAAAACAGUAGUCCUGUCUGUCAGUUUAUUUAUUAUGAUUUGUAGUAAGCUGAGAAUUUGAAGAAAAUGAAGAAAAAUAUUUGUUGGGUUGGCAGGAA